GAGUGCCGCACGCGGAAAUGGGAGCAGGAAGCGCGUUCCUCCAUCGCUGUCAUGAUGAGUGAGGGCUGACGGGCGAUGGAGGAACGAUCCUCGCUCCGUGUUAAUGCUGUAUCUGAACAGUAGCGUCGCGUGUCGACACCAUGUUUCAGGUGUGGGGCUCGUGGCUGGGAAGCAGGGCGCCUGGAUACAGAGAGGAGGAGGAGGAGGAGGCGGCGGCGGCGGAGGGAGCUGGAGACACUGAAGGAAGCGGCGUGAAGACAGAGGCGGGGAGCGCGCACGGAUACACAGCGUACACUGCGCGCUUCGACGCCGCUCCUUGGACCCGCGCUCUGGGCGGUUACGUAUAUGAUUUUGCAAGUAACGCUACAAAAAGGAUAGUGGAGUCGGUCACAGAAACGGCACAGACCUUCAAGAAAAGUGUGGAUACAGAGAAUAUCGAUAAUAUUAUUGAUAAGACAAUUCUUGGAGAUUUCCAGAAAGAACAGAAAAGAUUUGUUGAGGAAAAGAAAUCAAGAACAACAAGUGCAGCAGUGCCACCAUGGGUGGGAACUAAUGAUGAAGAGACCAUUCAGCAACAGAUUCUGGCUUUAUCUGCUGACAGAAGGAACUUCCUGCGGGACCCCCCUGCUGGAAUUCCGUUCCACUUUGACCUUGACCAGAUGUACCCUGUGGCACUGGUGAUGCUGCAGGAGGAUCAGCUGCUCAGGAUGAUGCGCUUUGAUCUUGUUCCUAAGCAUGUGAAGGAAGAUGUUUUCUGGAGGAAUUAUUUCUACCGCAUCUCUCUGAUCAAGCAGUCUGCUCAACUCAGUGAACUAGCCGCUCAGCAGGAAGCCACCAGAAGAGAGAAGGCAGGGAGAAAGGACACCAAUUUGGAUGGCAUUGUCCUCACAGGUUUAAAAGUUUUGAAUAAUUUCUACAAUGCAGAAAACAUUGGACUGAGAAUACCUCCCAUGACCACUCACAGCCAGAAUGCCAGUGAGCUGGAUGAGAGCAUCUCAACUAGCCCUGGCAUGUCUGAAUUUGUGAGCGAUACCUUUGACCUAUGCAGCAUCAAUCAGGAGGACCUGCAGAAGGACAUGGAGCAACUAGUCCUGGACAAGAAGGAUACAGUAGCCUAUAUGAAGAGAGAGACUGCAGAUUGGGAGAGAGAGCUGCAGCAGGAGCUGGACAAGUAUGAAGUUGUGACUGACUUUCAAAGCACGGAUGACAGCUGGGACAGAGAGAUUGAGGAAAUGCUGAAGGCAGACUGUUAGGCUGUCUGUGUUUGGAUCCUCAACCUUAAUUUCCCAAAACUGAUGAAGAACUGAAGACAGUCAUCAGCUAUGGGAUAUCUGCAGUCAACCUGCCUUCUGUAAACAUGCAGUGACAUUUGGAGAGAGAUUUUGAUAUACAUGAAACCAAGUCUCACUUUUGAGAUGAAAAAGUCAAGUGGACAUUUCAUGUAUCAGUCUAAAUGGCUUCUUGCCCUUAUAUACAUAAUGUAGUGGCUCAUUCAGAAUGCCAUCCAGUGCUGUAUGGAUUAUGCUGAUAUGCAAACAAUGUGAUGUGGUUUGUAAACUACAAGUAAACUAUGAUUAACAACAAUCUUGGAGGCAGCAGGUAGUAUUUCUGUCACCUUGUAGCCUGAGGAUUCCUUGUUUUAAUCCCACUUAUGCUGUCCUACUCUUGAUCAAGGCACUUACAAGGAAUCAAUGAAGAACACCUUGAAGUAUGAGUGCGUAAUUCAUUGUAAAUAUUAUCAUUGUAACUGCUCUUGACAAAUGUCAUCUAAAUAAAAGAAAAUAACUACU